CUUAUUUGUUUUUAUUUCACACUUAUGGAAAUCCAUCGUCAAAAUGAAUUUAAUAAUGCAUAUUUACAAAUUAAUUGUACCACAAAUGUCAUUUUCGUUUUCAUAUAUAGCUUAUGGGCCGACCGACAUGAAUUAGUUAUAUACUAGCAUUUUGUCUACCUGAGUUAGAAGCGUGUUAAACACUGCAUGUUUACAUGAUGUCGGCGAUCAGGAAGUGAGAGCUGCGCGCUGAUUGGCUGAGAAUUACCCAAUUCGUUACCUUUUUCCGGGUUCUUAUAGUGGCAUUUAAUUCAUUGUUAAACUUUGACUCCGUCGCGCGGUCUACUUGAAAUAUUAUCAAUGAAAUUUUCGCAAUGACGACGAGGAGAGGAUUUAUCGAUUUGCAUGUAGACUAGAAAAGUUUAACUGAUAGUUCGGGCGGAAGCAAGGGGAAGUUAAAUCAACUUUAGUGCGAGUGACCGACAUCAGAAAGCUUAGGCGCUCGAUAAAUGCACCACUUACUGAACAGAAACAAGAGGCUUUAAAUAUGACGGAGAGACCGGAGUGAGGAAGGAAGUGUCUUCAGGAAAUAUCCAUGUCCAUUAAGAUCCCAAUGUUUACCUCGUGGUCCAGCUACCCACUGAGACAGCAGACGACCACUGCCCUACCACAGCCUGUGGUUCCCGCCAGUUUAGCCAAGCAUCCCCAGCAAUGGACGAAGGAGGAGGUAGCGGCUUGGUUACGGUGGUGCGGGGAAGAGUACUCGAUCGAAACAGUGCCCGCCGACAAGUUCGAUAUGAACGGAAAAGCCCUUUGCCUUUUAAAAAGAAGCGAUUUUAUGGAAAGAGUGCCGAAGAACGGAGACCUUCUGUACAACGCAUUGAACAAACUCGUCCACAAAAAUUCAGGGGUAUACGACAACCAGUCGCAAUCUGGGACUUCUUACCAAAACAUUCCAACUGCACCGUCGUCAUUUCAGAUUCCUCAACAGUUCUCGUCGCCAGAUCAGAGCAAUGGUGGCCUAGUCCUCCUGUCGCGGUCCAAUGCACAGACGACGCCUGUCUACACGACUAAGGUCAAGCCAUUUGUGCCCAUCCUCCCACACCCCGCCAAUCAUAUCACAAAGCAAGAAAUACUCCCGGUUACCACAGUACCAGGUAGAAUACUGAGUCCUGCGCCGAGUCCCUCCGAUACCGGAAGCGGAUCUGACGUAGAUUCCUGUCCAGAAUACGACGAUCGCUUGGUAUGUAGAAAUCCGAUGCAACCGUCGCAGCUAAACUACAUGAAUCAGCUUCGGCCGACCAUGCCUACAGGAUCAGAACUCGUCCCAUUCCUACGGAGCAAGGAGUCAGGUAUGAAUUGCCGGUUACUGUGGGAAUUCAUCUAUCAACUUCUGCAGAAUCCCUGCUACAAAGAAUACGUGUGUUGGGAAAAACUUGAUGAUUACGUGUUCAGGAUCAACAACCCGACAGGGCUUGCGCAACUCUGGGGUCACCAGAAAAACCGCACGAAUAUGACGUAUGAGAAACUAUCUCGAGCACUCCGCUACUACUAUAGAAUGAAUAUCAUUAAAAAGGUCUCCGGUAAAAGACUUACCUACAAGUUUAUGCAACCGCCUGCGAACAUUCAGAAAGGCCAACGGGGAGCAAAGCCUCAUAGUCGCUCCCAUCUUCUAACGACCUGCAAGGAUGAGGAAGCUGACGAUUUUGACAGCGAAAUGCGCUCCGAUGACACGCUCUCGUCGGAACUGUCUCAAACAUCGAUAGAAACUAAGCCCAUUAAACUGGAAAUUCCCGAGAGUCACGAUCCGUUGCGGAGAGAUACCCGAGACAAACUGACCAGGAGCAUGUCGUACCCAGGAAUGGUACAUUUAUCGUCUGUUUGUCACUCUACGGACAUCAACGACCAGCCUUUUGAUUUCACUAUGACAACGCUCAAGCGCAAAGAAAAAUCAGUUGACGAUAGUGUUUCUUCCGCUCGGGCAUGUGCACAACUCACUUUUCCAUUGCCAGUGGGCCUAAAUUCCCCGGAGUCAACAAACAGUUGACCAAUGUUUAUUAUGCCAAAAACUGAGAAAGUGCAUGUAAGUAGUGUUUUAGGCGUUCACUGGUCUGCUAUCGUAGACAUACAACGCACUAUGUUGUUUGGCAAGGUGUGAAUAUACCCCCGGUGGACUGCGUUUGAGCAUCCCAGUGCCUAUGAUAAGGGAAUAAAUGCACUCCUUCGUCCUCAAGGGAAUGAACUGUUUUUGCAUGUCCGUUUGUCCGUCCGUUACAGGGUCAAAGGCCGCGGAUUCCAAUUCGAUGGCAGGGUCGAGACUCCUCUACAGAACAUCAUGUGAAAAUGCAUUGUAAAAAUUAAAUUCUAUGUGGUUAAAUACAAAAAUAUCCCAAUAUUUGGAUGGGAGGGUGUUUUAUUAUAAACUGGUAUUUUAAUUUUUUUUAAUGUGCAUGUAGCAAUAUACAGACAGUAAUAUCUUAGACAAUCUACAAGAUUUCUUACGUAAGUUCCCCCCGCUUAUCCAAAAUAUAAAUGAUUCAGUAAAAUAAGUUAAGUUUUGUCUGUCGUGUUUCUUAUAAUGGUUCAGAGGAAACUCUGAUUAAAAGAUUGAUUAAUUAAAGGAUAAGAAUGGUUAAGAAGCUAUUGUUAUUUGUUGUUUAGUUAGUAACUAUAAAUUUUGUUUUUGUUUAUAUCUGUUUAUAUAAUGGAAUGCGUUAAUUUUUUUUUCUUGAAAUAUUGUUUGUUUUGGUGUUUUUUUUAUUUGUUGUUUUUUUUUAUUAAUGUUAAUUUUGCGAUGGUUGGGUGGGGGAAUGUUUUCCCUGUUCCUUUAAAAAGUAUCAGCAAUUACAGUUAACUUUCACCGUAUUUUUGAAUCACAGAAUUCUGAAAGUUUAUUUAAUGGUUACGUAAUAUUGGUUUCUUUGUGUUUAUUUUUUGUGGGUUUUUUUUUUUUCAUAUGUUGUGUAUGAGUCUUGAUUUGAUAAAACUUGGAUAUUUAGUUAAACAAUGGAAAUACUGAUAUUGUAUCUACUUACAUCCUAGACGCAAUCUUUAAAACUCAUGGACGUACAUUUUAAUUUUAAAAACGCAUUUGUCUGUAAGGCUAAAUUGUUAUAAUUAUAGAUAUUGUUUAAAAUAAAAGUAUGCAAGAAUAUUCUUAUCUAGUAAAUAGAUGUUGAUUAUUGUAUGAUUGAUUGAUGUUAAAGAGAAAUUAUGCCA